AUGUCGCAGGGAUCUAGUCGUGAAGAUGACACGCAGUCAUUGACUGCCAGUGUAACGGAUUACCCCAUGGAAUAUGGAAGACGAUACCACAAAUAUCAUGAGGGCUCAUACUUAUAUCCCAACGACGAGCAAGAGCUAGACCGUAUGGACAUGCAACACCACAUGCUCAAAUUGGUCAACCGCGGGCGGCUGCUCUUUGCCUCUCCCCAAAGUCCAAAGAGGAUCCUAGAUGUUGGCACUGGCUCCGGUAUAUGGCCCAUAGAACUAGCGUCUGAAUUCCCAGCAGCCGAGAUUAUAGGAACCGAUCUUUCGCCUGUACAACCGAACGAAGUCCCCGAGAACGUCCAUUUCCUAGUCGAUGACGUUACAGAGGACGAGUGGCUAUGGGGCCCCAACCACUUCGACGUCAUCCAUGCUGGUCACCUUUCGGGUUCUCUGCCAUCAUAUAAAGACUUGUUACGGAAAGUCUUCAAGCAUCUCAAGCCUGGUGGCAGCGUCCAAUGUGAUGAGUUUGAUCCGAAGCCGAAAUGCGAUGACGGAACCAUGCCAGAAGAGGAUCCCGAUAAGUUCAGUGAAUACGCCCUCCAAGAUCUGAUGGAUCUACAUCACCGCGCCGGCCAGGCUUCAGACCCGCCCCGGCAGUUUCGAGUGGCCCAUCGGUUGGCACGCUGGAUGAGAGAAGUAGGAUUCGAGGAUGUUCAGGAGCGAGUCCAAAAAGUACCCGUGAACCCUUGGUCUACCGACUCUCAUCUGAGAACGAUUGGUUCGUGGAACGAGACAAACCUGCUGGAAGCCGCAGCUGGCUGGUCUUACAAGCCUCUCACGAUUCUUGGCUGGUCGAAGCCCGAGAUCGAAGUCUUCCUUGUCGAUGUUCGGAUAUCCAUUCAAAACCGUGAUGUUCACGCCUAUUUGGAUUACUAUGUGGUCACAGGAAGAAAACCACAUCCUGCUUACGAGGACUUCCUAGCUUCCGCGUUCCGACGCUUCGCUAACGGCCAACGACGCUACGAGAGCCGCGUUCCGGGGCCAUUGGAGGCUCGACGACGACUCGCUAAGAGGAGGAAUACUGCCCUCGCUGGGAUUGCGGGGACGGGGCCGCUGGAUGAUAUUGCUUGUUUGUUUGGGCGCAAUGGGAGGGAACAUAUGAAGUGGACGACCACGACGGAGGGGAGGAAGGCGAAGGGUUCGCAUUUUUAUCAAUUGAGUACGCCGUCGCCGUCGCCGCCGCCGCCGCCGAUUCCGUCUGCGUAUAAUGGGGAUGGUGUUAUUGAGGAUGAGUUUGCGUUGGGGAGGCCGUCACCUGGGAGGCCGGAUAUGCCGCCGGAUGGGCCUGAUGAGGUGUCGCGCGAUCAGUAUCUGAGGAGGCGGUUGAGAGAAUGUCGGACGGUCGAGGCUGUCAAGAGGGUUGUUCGGCAAUUGGAUGUUGAUCUUUUGCGAGAGCCGGGGUAUAGCCGUUUCAUAUUUGAUCACUUGUUGUCGUGUUCCAGGAGGGGAGAGUUGGGUGUGGAUGAGCUUGUGUCGUUCCUGGACGACCCGCAGCUAAAUAUUCGGGGAGCGAGGAAUUAUUUGACUGCGGUCGAGCAUAUCGCUUCGCGCGGAAUCAGGCAUGGGAAGUGGCAUCCACUCUUCGACAAUGUCGUUCAGGCUCUGGAGCUUGGGAUUGUUCCGCCUGAGGAGUUGUGCGCUAUAAUAGAGGCUAUUGCGAAGGCAGCGCCGGCGAAGACUGAGAGAAAGAGGCAGUUCCCGGAUACGGUCACGGCAAUGUAUCAAGCGAUGUGGGAUGCAAUUGGACAAUGCGAUAUCUACGGGCACAGUGAUCUCGAUGAGGGGAUAGUUGACGCGUGGCUUGGUGCUCUAUGGGAGAGGAACGUCUGCGAUGAUUUGCCCUUGGCUAAAAGCAUACUCCUUGCCGCUCAGAGACUGGAGUCGGCAUGUUGCUCGUGGGCUACUCUGUUCUUGACGCGUUGGCUGGAGCUUCCUAAGAAGCUGCGAGUUGGCGCUGGUGAAGUCUACGCGAGUGAUAUACUGAGCAGUUUCAAGCCUGAUCUUGCAACAGCAGCUGUCAUAUCGACCACUGAAUUUUUGGCGUCGAACAAGAAAGAUCUACUUGGGCGGUGGCACAGCUGCUUAUUGCAGACCAAAGAUAUCCCGCAACUUGUUUUGUCAAAAGCAUGGCUUGAUGUUCGAUCGCGGCACGGUAUAACGGAGUCAAGUCGCUCGCUGCAACAUCAGAUCAUCUUACGCAUAUGGGCUCUACGAACUCUCAGCAAAGGCCUUGCCGACGGGCCUCUAUGGAGGAAGGAUGUACGAGCCACAGACGUGCCUAUAAGACGCCUCUUCGGCCUCUACGAGUCCAUCAACAAGAACGAAACCAGCGAAGACGUGCUAAGCAGUCUAAUGAAAGGCAUCCAUGACCUGGGGCUACCAGCGAACGGCCUCCUAAUACUAGCUGUCGACAUGAAAGCCCGCAACACCCUCACCAAAUCGGCCCGUCGCACCCUGACCAACAUGGAAUCAUCAUCCAACAUCUCUUUCGCCAACAUCUUCGCCAACCUUGACGCCUACAACGCAAGCACCCCCCACUUCUUCACCAAAUUCGAGCAAAUGACCCGCCAAAUCGACAUCACCUCCCCCGACUUCAUCUCCCACGGCCUCGACCUCGCCAGAACCGGCGACUCCCGCAGCGUGUGGACACUCAUCCGCCUCCUCCGUUCCCACACCCCUCUCAAAAUCGCCCUCUCCAAAUCAUGGAUCCCUAUCCCCGACCCCUCAGAAAAAGCUCUCGUGCGCUACUACCCCGAGCCCAGAACCAGCGACUGCCCGGACCCGCACGCAGCUCUCGAAAUGAUCCACCUUCUUGCCGUGUCACUUGCGUGCUCAAGGCGCCUGAGCCCGCGCCGUUCUUACAGUCUCGUGCAUUGGCUGUAUGUCUUCCUGGUGAAGCAUAAUGCGCCUGUUAAGCCGGCGAUUGCACGUGCUUUGUAUCAUGCUGGUGUUGAACGCUUUCGGCGGGAGGGGUUGCGUGUUUCGCUCACGCAGUAUGCGUAUAUCUAUGACGUUGUGGAGGAGGUUGAAGGGUCUGAUGUCGUUGAGAAUCUUAUGGAGCCGCCGAGGAUUGGACAUCGGUUUUCGGGGGGUGAGGAAGGGGAAGCUUGUUCUGAGUGA